GACUAUCUGAUAUCUCCGGUCGGGCUCGGACUUGCCAAGCCCGUGAGAUAACCGGAUCCAAAGUUUUCUUCCCCAGCUGCGGUAGUCUCGUUUUCUCCUCUUUUGUCAUCGUUUCAUCUCUGCCAUCAACUUACCGCCCACGUUUGUAUGGUAUAGUUGCAGAGUCAUCUUAACUAUGUCUAGCGUUGCACCUUCUGCCUUGAGACAGGCAUCUCGAGCCUAUGCUCGACGCCUUUCGUCGGCCCAGCAUGGCUCCUUGACGUCUUUGCCCAGACGAGUCCUCGCCACUGGCGCUGGGAACCCCUCGAAGCGAUCAUACGUCUCUGAGACAAAGGCUGGAAAUGCCCAGGUCUCUGUUGACACGGCCAUUAAGGCUGAGCAGAAGGCCUUCAUGAACCAGACCGGUAUGCAGCCCGGAAAGGUCGACCUCCCUGCCUCUGGCGUCUCCGGAGACACCUCGAUGAGCCCCAACGCCGGCAUCUUGAAGCAGGCCACCGUUAUGGACCAGGGCACUCGCCCCAUCUACCUUGACAUGCAAGCAACCACACCACUCGAUCCUCGUGUCCUCGAUGCAAUGCUCCCUUACCUUACCGGCAUCUACGGCAACCCCCACUCGAGAACCCAUGCUUACGGUUGGGAAUCGGAGAAGGCCGUCGAGCAGGCCAGAGAACACAUCGCAAAUCUAAUUGGCGCGGACCCCAAGGAGAUCAUCUUCACCAGCGGUGCCACUGAGAGUAACAACAUGAGCAUCAAGGGUGUCGCCAAAUUCUUCGGUCGCUCCGGCAAGAAGAAGCACAUCAUCACAACACAGACCGAGCACAAGUGUGUCCUGGACAGCUGCCGACAUCUUCAGGAUGAGGGAUACGAAGUGACUUAUCUUCCUGUUCAGAACAAUGGAUUAAUCCGGAUGGAGGACCUCGAGGCGGCCAUUCGCCCCGAGACUGCCAUCGUUAGUAUUAUGGCUGUCAACAAUGAAAUCGGUGUUAUCCAACCACUUGAGGAGAUCGGAAAGCUUUGCCGCUCCAAGAAGGUCUUCUUCCACACCGACGGUGCUCAGGCAGUGGGCAAGAUCCCACUGGACGUCAACAAGGCCAACAUUGACUUGAUGUCGAUUUCCAGCCACAAGAUCUACGGCCCCAAGGGUGUUGGUGCCUGCUAUGUUCGCCGUAGGCCCAGGGUUCGUCUUGACCCUAUCAUGACCGGAGGUGGACAAGAGAGAGGUUUGCGUAGUGGCACCCUCGCUCCCCAUCUUGUGGUCGGCUUUGGCGAGGCCUGCCGCCUCGCUAGUCAAGAAUAUGAGUAUGACACCAAGCACAUCAGCCGACUUUCGAAGCGCCUGUCUGAGGGCCUUCUGUCCAUGGAACACACCGCUCUUAAUGGCGACCCUGACGCCCAUUACCCCGGCUGUGUGAACGUCUCGUUUGCCUACAUUGAGGGCGAGUCCCUCCUCAUGGCCCUGAAGGACAUUGCUCUGUCGUCUGGCAGUGCCUGUACCUCUGCCUCGCUGGAGCCCAGCUACGUUCUCCGCGCCCUGGGAAGCAGUGAUGAGAGCGCCCACAGUAGCAUUCGAUUCGGAAUUGGACGAUUCACAUCGGACAGCGAGAUUGAUUAUGUGCUCAAGGCUGUGCAGGACCGUGUGCACUUCCUGAGAGAGCUGAGCCCCUUGUGGGAGCUGGUGCAGGAGGGUAUUGACCUGAACACGAUCGAGUGGAGUCAGCAUUAAAAUGAUUGUGUUUUCUUGUUCUUUUUGCGUAAUUGGAGGAUGGCAGCCAGGCGGGUAGUCAGUCAUUUAUUUCUCUCGAAACCCCGCUGGAUGACAGGUUUUUCCAUUUGAAGAUAUCAACUGUGG